CUGCGUGGGCCGGCCGAGCGCGCGGCUCGUCAAAAGGAGCUGCGGCGGGCGAGUAUUUAACAGAGCGCCGGCGAGCUCACAGGCACAACGGAGCUACACGAGCAGUUUUAGUUUCAGCACCACAGCGAGCGGACAGCGACAACCUUAAAACAACCAUGGUUCUCAUCUGGACGCAGUUCGGUGUGAAGCAGAAAAACGGCAAUGUCAAGUGCAAGGUGCGGGUUAUGCACAGAGGAGACAGCUCGGGCUCUUCAUCAUCAGCUGAGAGCACUAAGUCCGAGCAGGACAUGCCCUGCCCGUCCAUCAAGCCAGCGGGCAAAGAUUUCUACAAAGUCCUCGGUGUCGCCCCCGAAUCCAAUGAGGACGAAAUCAAGAAGGCUUACAGGAAGAUGGCACUCAAGUUCCACCCGGACAAGAACAGUGACGCGGACGCAGAAGACAAGUUCAAGGAGAUCGCCGAGGCCUACGAGAUCCUGACCGACCCCAAAAAGAGAAGCAUCUACGAUCAGUUUGGAGAGGAAGGUCUUAAAAGUGGAAUCUCAACAAGCCAAAGCAACCUCUUCCGCAACAACUUCCCCAGUGACCCCCACUCCACAUUUUCCUCCUUCUUCCACAACUCUGAUCACUUCGACAUCUUCUUCGGAAGCGACGGCGACAACGAAGACGACCUGUUCAACCCCUUCAGGAAGUUCACCUUCAGCAACCUGGGCGGGUUCGCCGGCUACGAGGCCGGUAUGCGGAAAGGCCAGCAUGGGCAGCAAGCUGACGCUGUGGCGCACGACUUGCCCGUGACCCUGGAUGACGUGAUGCAGGGCUGCACGAAGCAAGUGAAGAUCACCCGCAGUCGCCUCAACCCCGACGGCCGCAGCCUGAGGUCCGAAGAGAAGGUGCUGAACGUGGUGGUGAAGAAAGGCUGGAAAGCAGGAACCAGGAUCACCUUCCCCAGGGAGGGAGACGAGACGCCCAGCGGCAGCCCCGCAGACAUCACCUUCAUCCUCAGGGAUGAAGACCACCCAAACUACAAGAGAGACGGCUCCAACAUCGUAUACGUCGCCCAGAUCACCCUUAAAGAAGCACUCUGCGGCUGUACAGUUAAUGUCCCAACACUUGACAACCGGAUGAUGCCUUUGCCGUGCAACGACGUCAUCAAGCCUGGCGCCAUCCGGCGGCUGAGGGGCGAGGGCCUGCCUUUGCCCAAGAACCCGUCCCAACGAGGCGACUUGGUGGUGGAGUUCCAGGUGCUCUUCCCCGACAGGAUCCCGCCGCAGUCUCGUGAGAUCAUCAAGCACAGCCUGGGCCAGUGCUAG